UUCUCUAGCCCCAAAGUACAGAUUUUUUUUAAGUGUUCUCAAGUCUCAACCACUACCGUAGCCGAAGUACGUUCCGUGGAUAAACUCAGUCUCUCAGUUCAGUCUCGACCCGUCUGAGCUCUUCGGGGAAAAAAAAGGAAAGAAAAAAGAUGGAUGUAAUUCAUAGAAAUUCCUCCGUGUUUGCUCGCCUUCAUUCACUGAUUUUCCUUCUCUUGUUCUUCUUAAAGCCCUUAAUCGUUGUUUCAGCUGCAGACGACCCAACGGGGGCGAUCACCAGAUUCCAGAAAUACCUGCAAAUCAACACAGCCCAUCCGAACCCUGAUUACUCCGCAGCUGCAAAUUUCAUCCUCUCCCAGGCUAAAGCCCUAGCCCUGGAAUAUCAAACCUUAGAGUUCAUCAAAGGGAAGCCUGUGAUACUCCUCAAAUGGCCUGGUAAAAACCCGGACCUUCCUUCAAUUCUCCUGAACUCACACACCGACGUCGUUCCCGCCGAACUUCAGAAAUGGAAUCACCCUCCUUUCGACGCCCACCUCGAUCAGGCUGGCAAUAUUUACGCCAGAGGAUCGCAGGACAUGAAAUGUGUUGGCAUGCAGUACCUCGAGGCCAUCCGCCGAUUGAAGGAUUCUGGAUUCCAUCCGGUGAGGACCGUUUACUUAUCUUUUGUCCCCGAUGAGGAAAUCGGAGGUCAUGAUGGCGCCGAGAAAUUUGCGGAGUCCGAGAUAUUCCGUGAAAUGAAUGUUGGAAUCGUCCUUGAUGAAGGAUUAGCCUCAACGAAUGAGAAUUACAGGGUUUUCUAUGCAGAAAGGUGUCCAUGGUGGCUUGUUAUUAAGGCAACUGGGGCUCCUGCUCAUGGUUCAAAGCUUUACGACAAUAGUGCGAUGGAGAACCUGUUGAAGAGCAUCGAGAGUGUGAUGAAGUUCCGGGCUGCACAAUUCGAUAUGGUGAAGACAGGUUUGAAGGCUGAGGGCGAUGUCAUUUCUGCAAACAUGGUCUUCUUGAAAGCUGGCACGCCUACUCCAACUGGUUUUGUCAUGAAUCUCCAGCCAUCUGAAGCAGAAGCAGGUUUUGACAUUAGGUUACCACCAACUGCUGAUCAGCCAUCUCUGGAAAGACGGAUUGCUGAGGAAUGGGCUCCUUCUUCGCGCAAUAUGACUUUUGAGUUUAAACAGAAGGUUUCUGUGAACAAGCAUGGGAAGCCAAUCCUCACUGCUACUGACAGUUCUAACCCAUGGUGGGCAUUGCUAGAAGAGGCUGUAAAGAAAGCCAGUGGAAAACUCGGUAAGCCAGAGAUAUUUCCUGCCUCAACAGAUGCUCGACACUUCCGUACACGUGGAUUGCCUGCAAUUGGCUUCUCUCCCAUGGCAAACACGCCAAUUCUCCUUCAUGAUCACAAUGAGUUUCUAAGCCAGGCCGAGUACUUGAGAGGAAUUGAGAUAUAUGAGUCAAUCAUCCAAGCAUAUGCAUCCUACAUGAAUAAAGAUGACGCAAAGGACGAGUUGUAAGAGAGCAGCAGGGGCCUUGUCUUUUACAAGAGCAAAUGCUACAUCAGUAGCUUCAUUGUAAUAAUGUAAGGGGGGCUACAGAUAAUUCAAGUUGAUAACGAGAGCUGUAAGUGUCAACUGUGUAAACUAUGCUAAACAAGGAGGCAUGAUGAGACUUCUUUCUCACAAUCUCCAUCCAAUUCAAUUGCUAGAUCAUCUCUUCGAUCUUGGUCCCUGAAACUUGUAGCUUAAUGUGCACGACAAUUUAAUGCAAUAUUAGCCGAGUAGUUUUGAGAAUA